AUGGCCAAAAUCAAUCUUCGUUCGUGGCCGGAGGGACCUGACCCACCCGACGGAACCCCAUUGUACGCAGCCGCACAGCCGCAAUUCCAGUUCACCUCCUACCAGCCACCAUCGGCUCCUUACCAGCAAGAGAUAUACCCGCCACUGGAACCUUUAUACCAGCAGCCACAGCCGACAUAUGGGCCUGUUCCGUACUUGUUGUCGCAACCCCAUCACCAAAACCCUAACACUUAUGGGUACCCGCCUGCGCCGCCUCAACAGCUACAACCGGUUCGAACCCAACUCCCGACCCGCUGGGACCCACCACAAGCGUGGCAGCCCUCCGCUUGGGAACAACCCGCUCCGUAUCCCGACCAGCUUGAUCGGCAGAAGCCUUACCACCAAGGAGCACCGCAACAGCAAAGCACAUCGUCGUCUAUUGAGUUGUCGUCCUACUACGCCGCACCAAGACCUUGGCAGCCCUUACAACUGCUGCCGGUGACAGCCCCCUUAUUUGCCUCUAAUGGUCAUCCGCAACCCGGUGUCUCAAGCACAGGGAGAAAGGAGGAGGAUGCGAAUCUACCGGGUGGUGAAGAAAAACUUUGUGCGAGGAAGGAGAGGUUGAUAGAACUUAGUAGGAUGUUGAAGCAGAACGAGAAAGAGAAAGACUCCGCUGACAAAGAGGUCAACAAGAAUUUUUCGAAGCUGAUCGAGAAGGAGAUAAAAUAUGAAGAUCUUAAAUCUAAGUUAGAGAAGAAGGAAAAAGAUUUGAGGGUGCUGCUUGAAAAGCCGGGUACAAACGAGAAGAUGGAGAUUGAGAGCCUUGUUGCAAUCGAGAUAAUAGAGCACGGCCUUGAAGUGGGAAUGAAAGAGUUAAAGACCGAAGAAUUGGUUCAGAAGGAGUGCGCAAUCAGCAAUACGAUGAAAAUAUUGAAAAAGAGGGGUCUGACUUGUGCGUAUGAUCCAGGAGGGAAUAGCUCGUCAAAGCUUCUAUUCGCGACGCUCUUUGUUGUGUCGUGGUUCCCACCUUGA